AUGCCGCAGCUGGGCAGCGGCGGCGGGGACGACCUGGGCGCCACGGACGAGAUGCUGGCCUUCAAGGACGAGGGCGAGCAGGAGGAGAAGAUCCCUGAGAACGCCUUCACCGAGCGCGACCUGGCCGACCUCAAGUCCUCGCUGGUGAACGAAUCCGAAGGCAGCGGCAGCCCGGCCGCCGCCGCCGCCGCCGAUCCCGAGGCCCUCCGGCGAGUGCAGGAUCCGCAGAGGGUGUACCAGGAGAAGCUCCCGGACCACAUGGAUGAUGGUAUGAAACAUCAGGACCCUGGAAUGUAUAAAGGAUCUGCCUAUUCUGGUUACCCUUUCCUGAUGCUCUCAGAUCCGUAUCUGCCCAAUGGAUCUAUGUCACCUCUGUCCAACAAAGUUCCCGUUGUGCAGCCGUCGCACGGAGUGCACCCUCUCACCCCACUCAUCCCGUACAGCAACGACCAUUUCAGCCAUGGCUCCCACUCGCCACACUUGCCCGCUGACAUCAACCAGAAACAAGGAGUGCACCGUCCUUCCCAGACCUCAGACAUCCCUGGUUUCUACCCCCUGCCCCCCAGUGGAGUUGGCCAGAUCACACCGUCGAUGGGAUGGCAGAGCCAGUCUGUCUAUCCGAUCCCGUCAUGUGGAUUUAGACAGCCGUAUUCGUCAGCGCUUUCUGCUGGGGCUUCUUUCUCCAGGUUCACUCACCCACUGAUGCUGGGCUCUGGCAUGCACACCACAGGCAUCCCACACCCUGCCAUCGUGCCCCACUCCGGAAAGCAAGAGAUGGAGCACUACGACCGAAACAUGAAACCUCAACCAGAACCAAAGAGAGAGAAGGAAGCCAAGAAGCCCACUAUUAAGAAGCCCCUGAAUGCUUUCAUGUUGUAUAUGAAAGAAAUGCGGGCGAAAGUCAUUGCCGAAUGCACCCUGAAAGAGAGUGCUGCCAUCAACCAGAUCUUGGGAAGAAGGUGGCAUGCGCUGUCCCGAGAGGAACAAGCCAAGUACUACGAACUGGCUCGCAAGGAACGGCAGCUCCAUAUGCAGCUCUACCCUGGCUGGUCUGCCAGAGACAACUAUGUGAGGGAAAAAGAAGAGACGAACACGGGAAAAGCAGCAAGAUUCCAACUCAGGAGGAAAAAGAAGUGCAUUCGGUACCUACAAGGAGAAGGACGCUGUGCCAGCCCAGUUUCUUCCGAUGGAAGUGCUAUAGACUCCCCUCCAUCCCCACCGGACGCACUCCGAUGCAUCCCCUCCGCCUUCCCAUCAGAGCAGCUCGCAGCCCCCGCCAACCCCGAGCACCGCGACCAGCCCGAUCCCUGCCCCGUGUCCGCACACCUCCCGCCCGCCUCUGGCCCGUCCACACCAGGCGCCCGGCGCUCCUCGGCGCCCGCCGCGCCCCCCGCCUACAGCCGCGCCUCCUCGAGGACAUAG